AUGUCUAAGCUUCUGGAUGCCUUGCUCAUUGACCUGAGGUCACAACGCUUCACCUUUCGCCUGAUGGGUUUGGAACUGAAACCUUCGAAGCCUGGCGAACGACGUCAAGUGCUGCGAUCGCCGCUCACGUUUGCAAUCAUGGUGAUCGCCACCAGCUUUGAGUUCUGCACCGUUUGCGCCUUCAUCGUGCAACACUCCAGCGAAAUUGUCCUCUGCUCCGAGGCUUUGAUGCACGGCGUUCAGAUGAUCUCCUCGCUGCUCAAAAUGUGGAUUUUCCUUUGGAAGUGCGAAGAACUCGUCGCUCUCAUUGCCGCCAUUCAACAGCCAUUCGAACAGACAAACAUCGAUCCAGCUGAGUUGCUGAUCUUUCAGCAGCAAAGUCGCAUUGGCCAAUCUCUGUCUAGCAUUUAUACGCUGAUGUGCACCGGCACCUCGAUCUCCUUUCUCCUCAUGCCGCUCGCUCUCACGCUGCUCCGAUUCAAUUCAACAGGCCUCUUUGCCCCCGUCAGCUCCUUUCGAGUCGUUCUGCCCUACGAUGUAACCCAACCGGAGAUUUAUUUCCUGGACUGCUGUCUCAUGGUCUUCGUGUUGACCUUCUUCUGCUGCUCAACGAGUGGCGUGGACACGCUCUACGGCUGGUUCGUCUUCGGACUGACGGCACACUAUCGCUGCCUCGUACUGCGGCUGCAACGCAUCAGCUGCAACAAAGGCUUGAGCGAGUGGCAACUGGAGCAGCAACUGGAUCAACUGUUCGGGGAGCAUGCGAAGCUGCUGAGGCUGGUGGAUCGCUUUGAGUUGGCGUUCAGAGAGAUCGCCUGCGUUGAGGUGCUGUUGAUCUGUGUGCUCUAUUGCUCAGUGAUCUGUCAGUACAUCAUGCCACACACCAAUCAGAACUUUGCCUUCCUCGGCUUCUUCUCGAUGGUCGUCAGCACACAGCUGUGCAUCUAUGCCGUUGGCGCCGAGCGAGUGCGACACGAGGGUCAAGAGUUCGCCCAGCAGCUGUACAUGCAACUGCCGUGGCAUCAACUAUCCGCCCGCCUGCGGCGUCUCCUGUUGCUGCCCCUGCAACGUGCCACGAAGGAGACGCACUUGGGCGCCUACUUCUUUGUUCUCGGCCAUCCUCUGCUCGUCUGGACCUUUCGCACUGCGGGUUCGUUCACCACGCUGUUAAAUGCGCUGCGAGCCAAAUACGAGCACUAGAGAAUUGUUACUAACUGCAAAAAGAGGUAAAAAGAAAAAAAAGAGAGUUGAAUGAACCCAAGUGAACAAGUGAGAGAGAGACGGAUGUGGUUGAUUAUUGUUUAUUUACGUUUAUUAUUAAAAUUACAAUUACGAGCUGUUUCUCAUUUUAUGUACACACACAAUACAAAAUUAUGUUUGAUUUC